CUUGUGAACGACUGUUCACUCGCAAAUGAGAACAGAGCGAAAAAUGCAACUUUAAAGGUCGAUGACGAAACGGAUAAAAAUUAUCAAGCAUCACCUGCGAACUGAUAAGUGUGAUAACAAAGAUACUUGUUGAUUUUUCCUUCAGUUUGCUGCCGCUUCGCAGAUAUGAUUCGCGAUCGGAUGCCAGAUUUGUGUGCCAAGCAGAGGCGUAAUUCUUUUCUUCAGAGAAGCAAUUCUUUUCUGCAGGAUAUGCAAAUUCAAAUUCGCCAGGACAAAAAGCUGAAUCAAGUUCUCGAAGAUGCUGGGGAAAUUCGCGAUCUGAUUCAACUGCUUGUUGAAAAUAUCGCCAAAGUUAAAGAAAUGCAAAAUAAUGUUCUUACUCACACCGACAAAAGUAUUCAAGUGGAAUUGGACAAUAGAAUCUUCACAAUUUCACAAACGGCGAAGCGAGUUCAAGGAAAGCUAACAGAAAUGGGAAAGCAGACGACAAAAAUCGACGACCUGACAGUCGAAAGUGCAGCAGAAGGUCCAGCACACGAAAGAGUAAAAAUAUUACAAUACACAACAAUGCUGAAACUCUACUCAGAAACUAUUCAAGAUUACAACGAAUCUUUAUUAAGAUACCACGAAAAAUGUACAUCCUUAUUACACCAACAAAGGCUCUUAACCAGAAGACAAAUCACAAGUGCUGAGCUGGAUGAAAUGAUCGAUGCUCAAGAAACUAGUCUUUUUGUCGAUAAUAUUUUAGCAGACAUUCAACUGACAAAACAGCAAUUGUCAGACAUACAAACGCGGCACAGUGAAGUAAAAAAACUGGAGAAAUCGAUCACGGAAAUCCGAGACGUGUUUCUCAAUAUCGGAUUUCUAAUUCAAGAACAAGUAAUACUUUUUUCGUUAAUUUCCUAUUUACAUAAAAAAAAAGUAAAGAUGAUAAUCGAUUUUAAAUUUAAGGGCGAGCAAAUAAACUGCGUAGAAUAUUUCGCUGGAAAAACGGUGGAUAAUAUCGACUCUGGAGGGCAGGAUCUUAAAAUAGCAAAAAGGAAAAGCAAAAGACUCAGAAAGAGAAAAAUCCAAUUGGCUGUUAUCCUCGCAGUGAUAUUUUUAAUUCUAAUUAUUAUAGCGAUCUACUUUUAAUCUAGAUAAAUAAAAAACGAGUUUGUAUGAAUCGAAAAUAAAAAUUAAA